AUGCGGAAUAGACUCUUUCUUUCGUUUUCUCUUCGCUGUGUUUGUGCCCUUCCUUCCUCUCUUCCUUCCUCUCUUCCUUCCUUCCUUCCUUCCUUCCUUCCUUCCUUCCUCCCUUCCUUCCUUCCUCCUUCCUUCCUUCCUCUCUUCCUUCCUUCCUUCCUUCCUUCCUCUCUUCCUUCCUUCCUUCCUUCCUUCCUUCCUUCCUUCCUCUCUUCCUUCCUUCCUUCCUUCCUUCCUUCCUUCCUCUCUUCCUUCCUCUCUUCCUUUCUUCCUUCAUUUUAUCUGAGCAGACAAAAUCUUCCCAAUCAUUUCUAUCUAUCUAUCUAUCUAUCUAUCUAUCUAUCUAUCUAUCUUUAUUGUCAGUCUUUCUCUUUCCUUCCUUCUUUUUGGUUUCUUUUCUUUCUUCUUUUUCUUCAUUCUAAUUCUCUUUUCUUUUUUCUUUUCUUUUUUCUUUUCUCUUUUCUUUUCUUUUCUCAUUUCUUUUUUCUUUUUUGUUUUGUUUUCUUUUUUCUUUUCUUUUCGUUUUUCUUUUCUUUUCUUUUUUCUUUUCGUUUUUCUUUUCUUUUCCUUUUCUUUUUUCUUUUCUUUUUCUUUUCUUUUUUUUUUUUUUUUCUUUUCUUUUUUCGUUUGCUUUUCUUCCCCCCACCCAUUUUUGAUUUAUUCUUUUACCUCUCUUUCACUUUUUUUAUACGUUUAUCUUUCGAAAUUAUUUAA